AUGAGGGGUCUCUUAGUGGCUUCGGCCCUUUUGGCAUCAUGUGUCUCCGGACAUAUGCAAAUGUCGAAGCCGUAUCCCAUUCGGAGCCCGCUGAACCCGGACGCGGAUGACAAGGAUUACUCCUACACGAACCCCCUGUCAACAGAUGGAUCUGAUUACCCGUGCAAGGGAUAUGCCAAUGAUCCCUUUGAGUCUGUUGCUGACUAUACGGCUGGUCAAACAUACGAACUUGAACUACAGGGCAGCGCGACGCACGGCGGAGGUUCCUGCCAAAUUGCUCUCUCUUAUGACAAGGGCAAGACCUUCAAAGUCAUCCAUUCAAUGCUCGGAGGGUGCCCUCUCACCUCCAAGUAUGAGUUCCAAAUUCCCUCGGACGCCCCGUCUGGCGAGGCCCUCCUGGCCUGGUCAUGGUUCAACAAGAUCGGAAACCGCGAGAUGUACAUGAACUGUGCUAUGGUCACCGUCAAGGGUGGUUCUCAGGCCCGUCAGCACGCUCGCGACCUGUCUCCUGCCUUCUCCCGCCGGGCUGGCGGCUUUGACAGCCUUCCACCCUUGUUCGAGGCCAACAUCAACGGACCCGGCAAGUGUAAGACAGUGGAAGGCCAGGAAGUUAACUUUCCUCUCCCCGGACCUUCCGUCGAGGGCUCCUUGAGUGGCAAGGGAUACCAGUGCGAGAGCGAUGCGCCUUUCCUGGACAGUGACUCGAGCAGCAACAGUCCCAAGGCCUCUUCGUCCGAUCAAGCCGUUGCCUCCACUGCUACAUCUUCAAGUGCCCA